AUGGAGCAGCUGCUCCAGGGGAGCCCCUCGCUCCCCUGCGGCAGCAGCGACUUCAACCAGCUCAAGAGGGAGCUCAAUGAUCACUUCUCCAAGGACCGCGAGACGCUGAAGAACGGCUCCCUCCACCGCGAGAAGAGCGUCGACGUGCAAGCGCGCACAGCCUGCCCGCCGCGCGUCGCGCAACGGCCCCGCUCCAUGAGCACAGGAGGCGACGCGUCCCCCAGCAAGGACCCCUCUCUGUCUCCUUCCCAGCGACGAGCGCCCGCCCCGCUCAGGGCCGGGGCGUGCCCGCUCGAGAAGAGCCGGCUCUCCGUCGUCGCCGACACCCUGGACGCGCGCUGCAUGAAGCGCUCGGCCACGAUGACCGCCCCCGGGGGCAGCUCUGGCCCGCGGCGCUCGCUGGAGCUGCCCGAGCGCGGCGGGAGCCUGUCGCUCAACGGCGCGCUCGCGGACGACGUCAGCAGCCCCGGGGGGUGGACCCGCGCGCCCUCCGGCACCGCGGUCCCCGUGAGCACGAUGAAGGUGGGCGAGGUGCAGGGCGGGGUGGUGCGGAUCUCGGUGCCGCCCAUGUCGCUGCGCGUGGCGGACCUGAUGACGAUCGUGGAGGUGUACGUCGACAUGGCCGCGUUCGCGCGCGGGUUCGGCACCGGCAAGAUCACCCCUGCCGUCUUCCGCAGGUACAUGACGGCGAUCAAGAAGAACGGCAGCGAGACCGCGCCGUCGCCGACGGGCGCGGGCGCCCCGAACGAGGUGCUCACGACCCGCCGCCGCCAGCGCGCGCGCGAGGCGCUGCAGACGAUGGACGUGGACAUGUACCGCCGGCUGGACAAGCAGGACCGCUCGCACGUCACGGUCGAGGACAUGAUCAGUCUCUUCUUCCCGCGGCUGCCCAAGUCCGACCUGACCAUGCUCGCGCGGCUCGCGCACCCCGAGCGCCCGCAGCCCCCGCUCAAGGAGGGCGACGUCGCGCGCAUCCUGAGCGACUUCGAGCACGUGGUGCGCAUCCUCAAGGCCGAGUCCGGCGGGGAGAUGCCGCAGUGCUACGCGAUCCUCCCGCGGCUGAAGGAGGCGCUCCAGGCGCUGUGCGAGCGGGACUUCCUCACGUGGGCGGUGACGGAGGUCGGGCACGUGGGCCCGCGGGAGGUGCUGGAGCGCGAGCGGCUGCAGCAGGCCCUGCAGUGCGCCAUGGACGAGUUCCGGGAGGGCAAGGCGCCCGCGGAGCUCGUGAUGGCGUGCCAGAGCGCCGAGAUGGGGUCGCCCACGUCGAGCAACGGCGUGUCGCCGUCGCAGGGGCUCUCCGCGGCGGCGAUGGCCGUCCUGAAGAGGGGGGGCGACCCCGUGGCGCUGCUGAACAAGUACCGCGGGAGGCAGCUGGCGGGCAAGCCGCUCUCGACGCGGGAGGCGAUCGACGCGCAGCGGAAGGCGAUGGAGGAGGAGCGGCGGGAGUCGCUGCGGGCCGCGGAGCAGGAGGCCGGGCUGCACCUGGGGCGCCAGCGCGGGGUGUCGGAGUUUGGCGCGGUCUGA